AUGGCAUCGUCAGGUUAUCUCAAGAACGUCAUGGUCUUCGGGGCCGGAGGCACAAACAUCGGCCACCACGUCGUCAAGGCACUGGCAUCCAAGCCCAGCCUUUUCAACGUCUCCAUCAUCGCUCGAAAGACUUCCAAAUCGACGUUCCCGGAAGGUUUAGAGGUCCAUUACGUCGACGUCGACUUGCCACACGACCAGCUUGUCAAAGCCAUGCAAGGGCAGGACGCGGUCAUCUCGGCCAUUGGUUUCGGCGCCAUCGCCCUGGAGGAGAAGCUCGUAGACGCUGCGGUUGAAGCGAAAGUCAAGCGCUUCCUGCCCUCGGAGUACGGUGUCAACAACACCAAUCCUCCUGCACGGGCCUUGUGUCCCGUGUUCGACGCAAAGGGCGCCAUCAUCGAGUACUUGAAGCAGAAGGAGUCGAGCGGGUUGUCGUGGACCGCCGUCCCGACCGGCCUGUGGCUGGACUGGUCCCUCGAGCCGGCCAUCAGCUUCGCGGGCAUCAACAUCAAGACGCACACAGCGCGCCUGUGGCAAAACGGCACCCACAAACUCUCAUGGUCAACGUUGCCGUGGGCCGCCGAGGGCAUCGCUCAGAUCCUCCUCGCACCGUCCGAAACCACCGCCAACAAAGUCGUGCCCCUCCACGGCCUGUCGGCCUCGCAGAACGACAUCGUCGCCGCGCUCGAGCACCUCCAGGGCACAAAGUACACCAUCACACCCUUCGACGCGGACGCCGUGAUCGCCGGCGCGCAGCGCUCGUGGCGCGAGAACAAGGACACGGACUCCGCGCUGGCGCUGGUCAAGGCGGGAUUCUUCCUCGAUGGGUACGGGAGUGAUUUUGUCAACGAGGCCAUCACGCCGAACGGGAACGAGUUCUUGGACUUGCCCCCAUUGGAGCCGUUCGAGCGGAUCGUCGCAGAGGCGGUGAGGCGGUGA